AUGGGGAGCCUGGGGAACGACGACGGCGUGCGCCGCCAGUACGGGCAGCAGGCGGCGGCGAUGGCGGGGUCGACGGCGGCCGUGCUGGCCAUCGGGACGGCGAACCCGAGCAACGUGGUGGAGCAGCGCGACUUCCCCGACUUCUACUUCCGCGUCACCAACAGCGACCACAAGCAAGCCCUCAAGGACAAGUUCACGCGUAUAUGUGAGAAAUCGACGAUCAAGAAGCGUCACCUCUACAUCGACGAGGCGCUGCUGGCUGCAAACCCUAAGCUGACCACCUACAUGGCGCCCACCCUGGACAUGCGCCAAGCCAUCGUCAGCGAGAAGAUCCCGGAGCUCGGCGCCGCGGCGGCCACCGCCGCGCUCAAGGAGUGGGGCCGUCCGGCGGCCGACAUCACGCACCUCGUCGUCGGCUCCACCAGCGGCGGCAGCGACAUGCCCGGCGCCGACUACCACCUCGUCCGCCUCCUCGGCCUCAACCCGUCCGUGCGCCGCGUGGCGCUCUACCACCAGGGCUGCUUCGUCGGCGCCGCCGCGCUCCGCCUCGCCAAGGACCUCGCCGAGAACAACCCCGGCGCGCGCGUGCUCGCCGUCUGCGCCGAGACCAACGUCAUGUACUUCCGCGGCGUGGACGACGCCCACUUCGACAACCUCGUCUGCCAGGCGCUGUUCGGGGACGGCGCGUCGGCCGUCGUCGUCGGCGCCGGCGCCGACCCCGUCGCCACCGGCGAGAGGCCGCUCUUCGACGUCGUUCACGCGACGCAGACGCUCAUACCGGGGACCGGCGGCGCCAUCCGGGGGCUCCUCCGCGAGGUCGGCCUCACGUUCGGCCUCACCAGCGAGGUGCCGUCCCUGAUCGCCGAGCACCUCGAGGCCGGGCUCCGCGACAUGCUCGACUCCGCCGGCGUCGACAUCUCCGACGUCGACCGGAACGCGAUGUUCUGGGCGGUGCACCCGGGCGGGCGCGCCAUCCUCGACAAGGUGGAGGCGGCGCUGGGGCUGAAGCCGGAGAAGACGGGGGCGUCGCGCAAGGUGCUGGCGGAAUACGGCAACAUGGGCAGCGCCUGCGCCUGGUUCGUCCUCGACGAGAUGCGGCGGUGGUCGGCUGGCGAGGGCCGCGGCACCGCCGGCGAGGGGUGCGAGUGGGGCGUGCUCCUCGGCUUCGGCCCAGGGCUCACCAUGGACACCGUCUUGCUACGCAGCGCGCACAUCUAG